CCUCCUCCUCGCCUGGAAGCAGACGGUGCUCAGUGCGAACUAGAUGAGCGUGAGUGGCGUCUGGCCGUGUCCCUGCUCUGGCCCCUUGCGCCUGCGUCACCUCGCGGGAGGCCUGGAGGAAUGAGUGCUCCCAGAAUGGCCGGGCCUCGUGACAGGGAUUUCAACUGUGGGAAGGUGGGAGAUCACUGGUCCUGCAGCCCCGGGACCCCUUUUCCCCAGCAAGACUCGUGCUGAGCCCUUUCCAGGGAAGCACCCUUCAACUGCUCCGGCUUCGAGCGAUGUCUGUGCCUUCAGGGCUCAGUUCCUGGCCGCCCGCACGCACCCUGUACACUUUGAAUGUUUCUGCUGAAGAGUAGCAACCACAGAAAAAUACACAUAUCAGUUGGCAGCCCACAGAAGUCUCCGCUGGCAUCCAUUUACAGUCUCUUCCCCCACCUGCCCACAGGGAGAUAGCCUACGUGUGGCCUGCGUUGCUGUGGCCAGGUUUGCACCUUAAGAAAUGGGAUCUCUCCACGUUUCUUCCUUCCGGGCCCUGCGAGAGUCAUCCUUGCCCCACAAGCACUAUUCUGCAUAGUAUUCCAUUGAGCACGAGCCAGGAUGUGUGUUCUGCGUGGAAGGGCCUCUGGGUGUCUGCGUGGGUAGUUAUCAGGUUUCCGUUGAGCCGCCCGGAGCUGCUGAGGGAGUGGGUGCUCAACAUGGGCCGGGCUGACUUCAAGCCCAAGCAGCACACAGUCAUCUGCUCGGAACAUUUCAGACCUGAAUGCUUCAGCGCCUUUGGGAACCGCAAGAACCUGAAACACAAUGCUGUGCCCACAGUGUUCGCUUUUCAGAACCCCACACAGGUCUGCCCUGAGGUGGGGGCUGGUGGGGACAGCUCAGGGAGGAACAUGGACACCUCACUGGAAGAGCUUCACCCUCCAACCCCGGAAGGCCCCAUGCAGCAGGUCUUAUCAGAUCCAGAAGCAAUGGAGGCCACGGAGGCCGCUGGCCUGCCCGCCAGCCCUCUGGGGUUGAAGAGGCCCCUUCCGGGACAGCCGUCUGAUCACAGCUAUGCCCUUUUGGACUUGGAUACCCUCAAAAAAAAACUCUUCCUCACACUGAAGGAAAACAAGAGGCUUCGGAAGCGUCUGAAAGCCCAGAGGCUGCUGUUGCGGAGGACAUGUGGCCGCCUGAGAGCCUACAGAGAGGGACAGUGCAGGCCACGGGCCAGACGGCCUGCACAGGGAAGCUGAGCCUAGCGGGCUCGGAUGUGGGGGUGGUGACAACACCCUAGCAGGAGGUGGUGUUCAGGCCUGCUGUGGGCGCUUCUACUCGCUGCUGAUGCUGCAGGUGCCUUGAGAGUGUGGGAUGGGAUGCUGUGACAGGCUGUUGUCAGGUGGGGGCCCAAGUACUAUGAGAGGCGCAGUCCCAGGUCUCCUGGACUGAAGCUGUCAGCUGUGGGGCAGCAGCAGUGACCAGAUGUGAGCCAUCACAACCUUGUCAGAGAUACUCCCAGAGGGAGAGCUGGUCAUUCUUACAGCGGUGGGGUCCUUACUGUCCCCCACAGGAGCCAUUCCGGUGGCAGGCAGGACAAGGGCCCUGUCGGCAUUUUUUUUU